AUGAGCGAAAGCAUCAACAUGGAGAUGUGCCCUGUGUAUGCACCCUUCUUCGGUGCCAUGGGUGUGACGGCAGCUAUUGUGUUUACGUGUCUGGGCGCCAGUUACGGUACGGCCAAGUCGGGUGUCGGUAUCUCGGCCAUGGGUGUGCUCCGCCCUGAUCUCCUGAUUCGCUGCAUUAUUCCCGUGGUUAUGGCCGGUAUCAUUGCUAUCUACGGUCUCGUGGUGAGUGUGCUCAUCUCUGGUGACCUCAAGUCGCCCAUGACCUUGUACGCUGGCUUCAUCCAGCUGGGCGCUGGUCUUUCUGUCGGUCUAGCUGGUUUGGCUGCCGGUUUCGCUAUCGGUAUUGUGGGUGACGCUGGUGUGCGCGGCACGGCUCAGCAACCUCGCUUGUACAUCGGUAUGAUUCUUAUCCUCAUUUUCGCCGAAGUACUGGGUCUAUACGGUCUCAUUGUGGCCCUGAUUCUGAACACGAGGAGCCAGGAUGCACCUCAGUGCAUGAUUCGGGCCUAA